CUGAACACGCUGAGCGCGCUGGGAGUAGCCAUGGCGGAUGGUCCUGUGGCGGAGCUGCUGCUGCAGAGGCUGGAGGCUGCAGAUGGCGGCCUGGACAGCGCGGAGAUCGCAACCCAGCUGGGCGUGGAGCACCAGGCGGUGGUGGGUGCGGUGAAGAGCCUGCAGGCUCUAGGCGAGGUCAUUGAGGCUGAGCUUCGCUCUACCAAGCGCUGGGAGCUUACUGCUGAGGGCGAGGAAAUUGCCCAGGAAGGCAGUCAUGAGGCCCGAGUGUUUCGCAGCAUCCCCCCAGAGGGCCUGGCCCAGGGCGAGCUCAUGCGCCUGCCCAGUGGCAAAGUGGGUUUCAGCAAGGCCAUGUCCAACAAAUGGAUCCGAGUGGACAAGAGCGCAGCUGAUGGGCCCCGUGUGUUCCGAGUGGUGGACAGGGUGGAGGACGAGGUGCAGCGACGACUCCAGUUGGUCCAGGGUGGGCAGGCCGAGAAGCUGGGUGAGAAGGAGAGGAGCGAGCUCAGGAAGAGGAAGCUGCUGACUGAAGUGACCCUGAAGACUUACUGGGUGAGCAAGGGCAGUGCCUUCAGCACCAGGAUCUCCAAGCAGGAGGCAGAGCUGAGCCCGGAGAUGAUCUCCAGUGGUUCCUGGCGGGACCGGCCCUUCAAGUCCUACAACUUCUCGGCCCGCGGCGUGCUCCCUGACAGCGGUCACCUGCACCCCCUGCUCAAGGUCCGCUCCCAGUUCCGACAGAUCUUCCUGGAAAUGGGGUUCACUGAGAUGCCGACUGACAAUUUCAUCGAGAGUUCCUUUUGGAACUUCGACGCUCUCUUCCAGCCCCAACAGCAUCCAGCACGCGACCAGCAUGACACCUUCUUUCUACGAGAUCCAGCUGAAGCCCUGCAGCUCCCGAUGGACUACGUGCAGCGAGUCAAGCGAACCCACUCUCAGGGCGGCUACGGCUCACAGGGGUAUAAGUACAGCUGGAAGCUGGACGAGGCACGGAAAAAUCUGCUGCGCACACACACCACAGCGGCCAGUGCCCGGGCCCUGUACCGCCUCGCCCAGAAGAAACCCUUCACACCAGCCAAGUACUUCUCCAUCGACCGCGUGUUUCGGAAUGAGACCCUGGAUGCCACACACCUGGCUGAGUUCCACCAGAUCGAGGGAGUUGUGGCUGACCACGGCCUCACCCUGGGCCACCUCAUGGGUGUCCUGCGGGAGUUCUUCUCCAAGUUGGGUCUUACCCAGCUGCGUUUCAAGCCUGCCUACAACCCUUACACUGAGCCCAGCAUGGAGGUGUUCAGCUAUCACCAAGGCCUGAAGAAGUGGGUAGAAGUGGGGAACUCUGGGAUCUUCCGCCCUGAGAUGCUUCUGCCCAUGGGGCUCCCUGAGAAUGUGUCGGUCAUCGCCUGGGGCCUCUCCCUGGAGCGCCCAACGAUGAUCAAGUAUGGCAUCAACAACAUCCGCGAGCUGGUGGGCCACAAGGUGAAUCUGCAGAUGGUGUACGACAGUCCCCUGUGCCGCUUGGACACGGAGCCAAAGCCCCGACAGACCCAGGCUGCGUGACACAGGCUGCCCCAGGAUAGCCCAUCCUCCUCAGGUCCCUGCGGCUCAGCCCUGUUCCAUUCUUCACCAGUGACCCCCUUGUAUUUAUGAGGCCUCUGUGAGGCCAGUCCCCCUCCCCCACCUCUGCACCCAUCCCAGAAACAGGCCCCAGGGGGCAGGUGGCAGCUUCCUUCUGUUGGCCUCUUGUGGUCUGUUUAUCGAAUGAGGGUGGGCCAGGGAGCCCUGGAGGCUGGCUGCUGUCCAAUAAAGUGGGUGUUUGCCCUCA